UGGCCAGAUACCAGGUACACUGUGAAUGGGGGCCAAAUCUGCGGGGUGCUUGAGACUCCACUUCCAUAUGCAUGUCAGAUGCACCAUCUCAUUGACUCCACUGCAGUUAGACGGAUCUUUGUUUCUGGGACUUGUCUUCUACUCUGCAACCCACAAGCUUGCAAUUGUUUUUUUCGAAGAGGUGGUUCGUUUUCUUUGGGAAACAUUCAUGGUAUGCAUCAGCAGAAUUCCGCUGAGUGGGAUCCCUGCGCCUACGUGUUGAACAGUGUGUCGCAGGUAACUGAGCGUACGCAUAAAGAAAAAAGUAGUAUACGAAGGCGUACAUCCCGCAUAAGAUCCAGGAAAUAGUGCUUACCCACCUUCUCCCUGACCCUCACUGUAAACCAUCUAUCCUAGAUCUGACCUUUCCUUACUCAACAGGUCACUCCAUAGACCUUACCAACCAUGGAUAUCUCGGAUCACUCCACCAAAUCUCUCUGCCACAUCUGCCGCACCAUCGAUUUCCCGGUCUACUUUCAAUCCCCUGGACCCUCAAAUCAGAAAGACAUCACCGACACUCCAUCGAGCAACAAAGAGCAGACCCUAGGAUCAAGACUCCAACUCAGAGAAAGAGCCACCACAUGUCCAUUCUGCCACCUCGUCGACACCGCCACAGACCGACCUUUCCGCAACCGGGACGAAGACGGCAGCGUUACAAUCGGCCGUGCUUGCAUAGCCGAGACGGGGAAUUCAGAAGCAGGAGAUACCCAGAAGGUGCAUUGUAUCCAGGUCUCAGUGCAUCUUACAGAGCCUGUGAGGAAGUAUGUGGGUUAUGUUCAAUUUCUCGGGGAGGAUGCGGAGAAGCUUGGUAUCAGUUCGGCCUUCCGCGGGCGAGUUGUGCGAGAAGGUCGAUUCGAUGUGCGUUUAGCAAAGAGAUGGCUCGAAAUAUGCCAGAAAGAGCACGGGAAGUACUGCAGCAACCCCGACAACCUUUCUCCCGAACACCUGGCGUCCCUCCAACCCAUGGACCUCCUUGCCAUCGACCUCGAAAACAUGUGCAUCUGCGAAAUGCCGCACGGAUCGCCAUUCGUAGCGCUGAGCUACUGCUGGCCUGCAGCGCCGUAUCUCACGCAUCUGAAAUCCAACAGUGCGGAACUAUUCUCCAAAGGCUCACUGACGCGCAAUAUGCAGCGCCUACCAGGAACCAUCCAAGACGCGAUCAAGUGCUCCAAAGACCUCGCGUUCCGCUACCUCUGGAUCGACGCCCUGUGCAUUAUCCAGGACUCAAAAGAGCACAAAGGAAAGCAAUUGCGGCAAAUGGACCGGGUCUACGGCGCCGCCGAACUCACCAUUGUGUGCGCGUAUCCAGUCCCCAAAGGAACCCCGGACCCAUGCAGCGGACUUCCCGGUUUUUCAAAACCGUCACCCUCGAAGAAGCAGCUAAUAAAAUCUGUCAGCGAUCUUCGAAUGGCGGCAACUUCAAUGUGCGCCUCCGACGCCCUGAGGACUGCCCGCUGGGACACGCGCUGCUGGACCUACCAAGAACACCACCUGUCGCGGCGUCUCCUCUUCUUCACACACGUCCAAGCUUACUUCCUCUGCUCAUGCAACGCCUUCGCCGAAGACACCGUCUGCGAGUCUAUCCCGCGAACCGCGGCCGUGGAGCCGGGCACAACACUCUGGUCGCCCAAAGCGAGAUACGGCAACAAAGCCGCGUUCGAAGGUCGAUGGGGCCAGUGGAGCCUCAGCCGUGCAAAGAUUGCAGGCAUAGGACUCAUGAUGGAGACGUACGAGAAUGCUCUAUCCGAGUAUACGUACCGCGACGUCUCGUUUCCGACGGACAUUCUCAAUGCGUUCGACGGGAUUCGAGCGGUGCUCGCGGAAGCAAUGGAAACGGCGUUCUUCCAGGGCUUACCGGAGAUAUUUUUCGAUCACGCGUUAUGUUGGGUUCCCAAGGGUGUCUGCAAGCGCAGGAAAUCGAGAGAAGAACAGGCGGAUUUCAGGUUGUUCGAUCCGGCGAGGCCGCUGUUUCCGAGCUGGAGUUGGGCCGGGUGGGAGACUCCCGUGAAUCUGGGGUUUUGGAUGGCGAAUUGGGCGUAUCGGUCGGAGGUGGAUUGGUUUCUUGUGAAUCGGGAAGGGAUGGCGGUGAAGUUGGGGGUUCCGAGGGAGAGACAUGAGAGACUUGUGUACGAGAAGGGUGGGAAUAAGGAUGUUGGACCCCCGGAGGUGGAUAUGAGGGAUUUCCUGCCUAACAUUGUUCCACGAGACGCUAUCGACCCUAUGGCAGAGGAGUGGCUUAAUGCCAAAAUCCUCGCUGCUUACACUACCAGUGCUCACUUUUGGAUCGACGGCACUCCCUGGUCUCUCCAAGGGCACGAGCGCGCCUGGCCUGGGAACGUCAACCUCGCUAUCAAAGACUCCCGCAAAAGGGUUGUGGGGUGUAUACUUCUUCCCAUCGACCUCGCAGAGGACUGCCAGGAGGAUCCUAUGCAGUUCGAAUUCAUUCUCGUGUCGAGGGCGCUGCGGCAGAGGCAGACGGAGACGCAGAAGAAGUUGAGGUAUUUUGAUACAGGGGAGUUUGAGGAGUGGGAUUGGUGCACGUUGAAUGUCAUGCUGGUGAGGAGGUUGAGGAGUGGCGUGGCGUUUCGGGUGGGUGUGGGAAUGGUGCAUGAGGAGGCGUGGAUUGAGGCAGGGCCACGAGGAAGUUUUGUCAGGCUUGUUUGAGGAGGGAAUGUGUUGAGUCGUGCAAUUGAGGGUUAUGACAACUGCUGGAGAUUGACUAUAGCCUUGCUCAUUCUCACGCGACACGGUCGAGGGGCAUUGUCUCGGUCAACGUAUUCAACAGUACGUAACUGAGCUUUUAUUCAGUAACUACUGUACUGUACUGGAGGGAGUGCCUGUACGUACGAAUGGAGGCCCCCCAGGUACGAUCCGUACAUACGGUCGGGUGUACUUACUAUUGAAUACGUUGGGACUCUCGGCCAUGGGACGUCCGGGAUGAAGGCGCAGCGGCGAGUUGCCAUGUGCAAUGAUGGAGUGAGCCAACGGUGAAUUCACGAGGCCGUAGUAAAGAAGACGGUUCCUCAGUUUAGACGAUAUCC